UUACUCCAUUUGGAAACAGGAUUUGGAAUAAUCUCUUCCCUCUUUUUUUCUCUCUUUGAUGUUUUACAAAGGAUCAGGCAGCCUGACAGGAAAAGUUGUGACAGAAAGAGGAAAAACCCAGAGAGAGGCAGACAGAGCUUUGCCCCGGAGGUUCAUGAGGAAGAAACAGGAGACAGAUAAAGAGGCAGGGAUAAUCUGAGAGAGGGAGGGAAGAGCACAGCUGUUGUGUGAAGAGAAAAUAUAGAUAAAGAAAGCCAGGAGGUGCACAAGUGUGAAGGGCGAAUGAGAAGAGAUUGACGAGGACAACCAAGGCUGGAAAAGGAAAAGUCAGAAAAUAAAAGAGGAAAAUUUCAAGUUGAAGGUCAAGAAAGCCCAAAAACUGAAGAGAUAAACAGACACCUGACAUCGAAUGAAACAAAAAUGGAGGCGCAGCAAGACAAGAGGAAAGAUUUCCUCUGAAAUGGAAGAAAAAGGAUCCGUGUUUGACACGAAGAAGAGGAGACCAUUUGCUCACCAUGUUUUAUACAGCUGGUUUCCCAAAUUCAAACAACCUGCGCCGGAAGAGCAACUUCGUCCCAGGAUAGAAUGAAGAGAGGAGCCAAGAGAUACCUGCCGAGUCUGUGAUACCCUCCUGCCCCUCCUUUUCCUCCUCUCCUCCUUCCUUCCUUUCCCUUUAUAUUCAGCUCUAAAAUUCACAAACUUCCUCCUCCUCUGUCCUGACAUCUCCUCUCCUCUCCAUCUCCUCACUAUGUGGAUACCAGCUUUGCUCAUAUGGAUUCUUAAUAUCAGCAAUUUGUGCUCAGGACAAGACUAUACGGACUAUUACCAAACUGGAGACAUGGGCACUGAGGCUCCAGUAUUGUCAGACGACCAGCCCAGUUUGGAGUCAGUGACGAGUGUGGAUCAGCUAUUGCAGCUUCUAUACCCCGAAUACAAUUUGCUUCAGCACUGCCUGAGGAAGAAAGCAUGGCACGCCUCCUCUUCCCCCUCUUCCUCCACCUCCUCAGCGAGCCCUUUAGUCCACUCCAACGCCGAGGAUCUGUGGGGUCAGCCGAGGGAGGAAGCUCUUUUCAAAGUGGACGGGACUUUGGGAGUCAUCUUAGAGGAGAUCCAGCGGACCUCGUGCCAGCCCAGAGAGGUGUGUGUUGAGGUCGCCAAAGAAUACCCAGAAUCCACCAGUCAGUUCUACCUCCCUCGCUGUGUGGCGCUGCAUCGGUGCGGCGGGUGCUGCACCAACGAGGCCUUUUACUGCACCAACACGAGCCACGCGCUCGUCAACAAGACGUUGAUGGAACUGUCCCCGCCCAGGAUGGAUCGCUCCGUCGUCAUGGUAACCUUCGUCAACCACACUUCGUGCGAAUGCCUCUCCAAGCGGCUGCUCCACUCCAUCAUAAGACGAGCCGCAACAGAUCACCUGUGUUCCCCACCCGAAGUUCCCUGUGCCUCCGGGUCAUUAUGGGAUCCAGUGAACUGUGUGUGUGUCUCUACAGACGCCAUAAACUACUCUGAGAGAGAGACAGAGGCGCUGGACUCAGGUCUGCUGGCUCUCUGCGGGCCGAACAGGGUUCUGCACAAGUCCACCUGCGAGUGCGUUUGUCGAAAUGGACUCACUGAGGACAGCUGCGAUCCAGGCUGGAAACUGGACCACAACACCUGUGAAUGCCAGUGUGAAGGUCAAGGCGAGGGGAAGUGGUGCCCCGCCGGCCAGCGGUGGGACGAGGAGCUGUGCGGCUGCGUGUGUGCUGCCGAGUGUCCCGGGAAUCAACCCCUGAACCCCGACACCUGCCUGUGUCAGUGCAGAGAGAGUCCACAGUCGUGUCUGCGGCAGGGCAAGAGGUUUAACCCCAACUCCUGCAGUUGCUACAGGUUGCCUUGCAGAAAGCCCAGACGUGUGUGCCAGGCUGGCUUUUACUACAGCCACCACGUCUGCCAGUGCAUCCCCAACCACAUGAGGCCUGAGUGGAAUUAACCAAUCACAGGCAACACCGGGGGACGCAGGACUGCAGCCAUUUAUUGUCCUUCCACAUGAGACUAAAAAACAUUUUUAGCCUGAAAACAAAGGGGCGAAAAGGAGGACGUGCCUCUUUACAUGAAGGUGGAACUUCACAUUUACAUGUUCUGGGUCACAGCGGCACUUUGAGGAGUUUUAUUAAUGCUGACUGUGCUGACAAAAAGCUGCAAGAGGAGGCGUCCCAGUGACACAAAACAGCCGUACGGGGCGAUCUCAGACAAAGAGACAAAGAGGAUAUAUAUGACUCUCUGAGACUCUUAUAACACGAUCCUGACUGGAAGGAAAUAACCACACCUGCCUGAGAGCUCGACAGCGAGGGCCAAUCAGACUCUGAGCCGGAAGCUCAUCCCCGCCGCAACGUGUUGGAGCAAGACAUUCAACCACCGACGUGCUGCAGAGCCCUCAUGACUGUGUGAAAUGGAAAGUGGAAUAAUGACAGACCAGACUUUAUGCUUUCUUAGAUUAAAUAAACUGCAGGCACUCUGGCAGUCUGGAGUCACGAGAUGUUUGAGAGGUUGAAGGGUUUAUUCUUGCAUAAAUCAUGUAAUGUGAUGUUGCCGGCCUCAUAUUCCCUCUUCUAGCAGAGCUGGAAAUGGUGACAGUAUGAUUUGGUGGUCCAUUCAGAGCACCAGAGGCUGUUUCCAACGCUAGAAUUUUAACGACCACAUGGAAAAGGAUGGAGUGGAG